AUGCGCAGCAAUGAUAAGGUCGUCCUCGCCCUAGACCUGAAAGGCGCCUUCGACAAUGUCAAGCAUAGUGCUAUCCUGGACAAUCUCAACACCACAAACUGCGGCAGCAGGACCUUUUCCUACAUACGAGAUUUCUUGUCUGAUAGGGAGGCCCUUCUGCGCAUUGAGGAUGUCGAAUACGGUCCCUACCUCAUGGGUACAAUAGGCACACCACAAGGCGCGGUCCGCUCGCCGCUACUUUUUAACAUCGCUUUGAUGUACCUUCCGAGAGAGCAGGCUCGGAUACCAGGCAUCCAACAUGCGUUGUAUGCCGAUGAUAUUUCAGUAUGGAGCACACAUGGGAACCUGGGAGAAAUUGAGGCCUGUCUCCAACAGGCUGCCUCCGCUGUCGAAUCUUAUGCGUCGGCGUGUGGGCUCCAGUGCGUCCCAGCUAAAUCCGAAUUUGUACAUAUCAAAGCCAUCCUCAAAGACAAAACACGCAUCUGCCUGGCCCUCUCAGGGGGACCCAUUCGCGAGGCAGAAGAAAUCAGAAUCCUCGGCCUGUACAUUCACAGUCGCCUCAAGAUCGACACAACUAUCACCAAACUCAAAAAGACCGGCGAACUGGUAGGACGGAUGAUUCACCGCGUCUCAAAUAAGCGUGGAGGACUGCGAGGUAGGGAUGCGCUUCGGCUCUCCCAGGCCUUCAUCACCAGCAGAAUCCUGUACUCCGUUCCCUAUCUCCGGCUUACGAAACACGAUCCCGAGCGCAUAGACGCAAUAAUACGAAAGGCCACCAAACGGGCUCUGGGCCUUCCAAUCACAACAUCCAAUGCGCGUUUGACCGCACUUGGCGUGAUCAACUCGCUCCAGGAGCUCACGGAAGCCCAUCUAGUCAACCAGUACACUCGGCUUGCGCAGACGCCUUCAGGUCGGCGCCUUCUCGCUCGCCUCUAUAUACAACACGACCAUGAAACAGAGGACACGCUCAGGGUACCGGAGCUUUGGAGGCACAAACUUUUCGUCGAGCCUCUACCCAGAAACAUGGACUCGGAGUUGCACCAGGGAAGACGGGAAGCGCGCGUUCGGGCGCUAGAAACACGGCACGGUAGUAACGCAGGAGUUUACUACGUGGACGUCGCCGGACCGGGAGCGAGGGGGUACUAUACGGCAGCAGUAUUCCACAAGGAAACGCACGUGGAUGGCCUUUCCUUUAAGGCCCGCAACUCCACACAGGCGGAGGAGGUCGCCAUAGCGUUAGUUCUCUCGCACAAAACAUCUAAUGUAAUCAUUACUGAUUCUCGCAAAGCCUGCGCCCGCUACCUGGCAGGGGAAAUUUCACCCCUUGCCUACGAAAUUCUGCAUGCGAGCACAAGGUUCGCCGAACCCACCCCAAAACGCUUGGUAUGGACCCCAGGCCAUCAGGGACUUCGAGGGAACGAGGCCGCAGACGCGGCUGCCCGAGCGCUCAUUCCCCGGGUACCGCAUUUCAACCCUAUGGACUGGAACCCACAACCGCCGUUGCUCAGGUACAAAUAA